UAUAAGCUAUGUGUGAUAGUGUUGUAUUGCUUGCAAGUAUUAGUUAACUGAGGAGACAUCUAAGUGUGGGAGGAAGCUCUGUCUUGUGAAUUUUACAUGGCUCUGAAUGCAAACUUACACAUAAGGAUUUUGGUGGGGUUUUUUUUGCUACCUAUCAUUUGGUUUAAGCGUAGGAAGCAGGGUGUCACUGAAAUACUUGGUUUACUAUGUUAGUUAGCUGUCCUUCUUAAGUAUAGUAUAAAGUACAAAUCCUGAAUUAAUUGAGUUCUUAUUGUAAUGUGCAACAACACGUGCAUUAGCAUUAAGAAGUGUUUUCUUCAUGAAGCAUUAAAUGUCUGAUUGUGUGAAUUUUUUUUCCCCCUUUAUGUGUGCGUGUGGCCUCUUGCUCAAGGCUAAUUCACUGCAGGCUUUUUAUUUAAUUGGCUGGGAUACUACUUAAAGAGAUGUAUGCAUCUAAGACUACUGAAGCUCUGGAGCUUUAGAGCAUGCUACAAGGUUGUCUUGAAGGACUGAUAUCGAGAGCUGUGUACAAAAGCUUGCUUAGCAAAGCCCAACUGAAAUAUUUGACCUUGAUAGCAUGUCAGUUUGUUACCUUCUGUUUGGAAGACAGCAGUGUCCUUACAGAAGGAUGUUUUCUUUAGGCAGGGAGAGGAAUGUUUGCUAAAUUCUGACAGAGCAUAAAAAUAAGUAAGUCACACACUUUAUAAAGUGGUCGAUAAUGAUUACUUCUCUCUUUCAAUGCUUAAAGAAAAAUGAAUACUGCCUCAACUUCAGAAAGUGGAUCAUAUUCCACAAACCACCCAGGACCCUUUAUUUAUGCACAGUCAUCAGCUCAACAGCCUUAUCCAAAUCCAUGGUACCUCAGUUAUGCAUACAGUCCAUACUGCGUACCUGCUCCAGGUUUCCGAAGUGGAAAUCCAUAUUUUCCAUUUUAUUCUGUUGCGCUCCAUGAGUACCCUAGAUUUUUUGUCCCACAGCAGCCAGUGCAUGCAAGAACUAACAGAAGGCCUUAUUUUAAUGCUGCCCCACCUUCCCCUAUGUUUUAUCAUGCAACAAGAUUUAGACAUUAUAAUAGCCCUGGGAAGAAAACGGAGACAAAAGAAACACAGACCGAUCCUAGACAGCCUGAAAGCAAGCAAAAAAGGCAUCAAGAUAUCCGUGCAGAAACGAAAGGUUGUGAUGCAGGAAAUACAGCCUGUGUUUCUCCUGGUAUAGGUACAGAGACUGAAAGCACUUCAGAGAAACAAAAUUCAUUUGGCUCUUCUAUUGUGGUAGACAGAGAGUUUCGUAAUAAGAACCCUGCCAGCUCUACACAGUAUAGAAAUCUUCCUUCUGGAAGCUAUGCCUUUGAGAAGGAAGAAGUGAGGAUAGAAUAUGGAAAUGGCUCUCCAGCUAUUCAGCUGUGGAAGUCCUUUAAAGAAACAAUCCCACUGUAUGAUGUGGCAAGUGGUAAACCAGUUCCAGAGAACAUAGUGCCACAUGACUUAUUUUCUGUUAGCUCAUGUGAAGGCAUGAUAUAUGGCCCUCAUGAAGGGGAGAAUAUGCUGCCAGGGGUUUCCUUAGAUGAGAGAAAAGCUGUUGUCACCUCCAAACAGGGUGCUGAAGCUGUGCAAGAGAAAGAUGUCCAAAAUAAUGAAGUGAAGCUGGAUGCAGAAAAGACGGCAAAAUCCCGCCCAGGUGAAACCAUGGCAGUGCAAAUCACAGAGUUGGCAAGAUCUGUUGGUGUAGAUCAACCAGUGGUAAUAGCUAAGAAAUCUAGCACUAAAAGGUCUGCAGGAUCAAAAACUUCUCAAGAAGAGCCUGGCUUUAUUCAACAAGCAGGACUACUUCCAUCUAAUAUGGAGGUAAUGAGUGACUUUCAGCAGAAAAAGCUGAAUUUAAGCCACAGUGCAACCAGUGAAAGUCAGACAGAAAAAAGUAUUUGGUGUGACAAAUCGAUUGAGAAGUUUGCUCCCUCUAGCAGCUGGCUGGCUUGUUUGGACAGUAUGGACACAAACUACAAUGCCUGUUUGCCACAAAGGAAGCGUCGAAGUGUAAUCAGUCUAUCUUCUGAUGACAUGUCCUCUGGAGAGGAAGGCUCAUCAACUGAUAAUGCCCCAGUGUCUUAUUUUGUGCCUGACUAUGUGCUUCAGAAAAGCAUGUAUACUCUUCAGAAAAGUACAGAGGGCUUAGAGCAAAUUAAAAGCGGUGGAUCCCCUAAUGUAGAUGAAGUGGUAGAAAAGGAGCAGGUGAACAGCCUGAAUGACCAAGAUGUCAACUCUUCAAACACAAAGAUCAAAGAGACUUCAGGUAAAGGUAGAAAACUGGGAGCCCUUUCUAGGUCCUCUAGUAGGAAAGAAGUCGAUUCUCCCAACAAAAAAGCAACUAAGAGUUUGUCAGAAGUUGAGGACUCUGAAGAAUAUUCUGUGAAGGGAGAAGAGGAAGAUGAAGAUGGAGAGGAUGAGUAUGAGGAGGAUGAGGAUGAGGAUGAUGACAUGGAUGAAAUUGAGUAUUUCUUUCAAGAAGCCCCUCCAUGUGGCAUCUUGAGGCCAAGUAAAGGAAAUUUCUACCAAGUCGGACAGAGAGUGCUUUGGAAACCAUCUACAAAUGCUGUACCAGCACAGUUAAUUAGCUGGCCUGCUCAAGAGAAAAUAAAAACUAGGAGUGGGCUUGUUGAAAACAUUGGUGUAGUUUACAAGCCAAAGAAGAGAGGACAAGAUGAAGUUGUAUACAGUGACUAUGGGUAUUAUGGAAGAAAGAGGCCUAUGACAAGAAGAGAAGGACUUGAACACCAGCGAAUGCUGCGGAAAUUCUUGAGAGGUGAGCUAAUUGCUAAGGACAAAACAGUGAUUAAAUGCUGUAGAUGUAUAAGAUUUGCUUGGCAAGUGUAUUGUCAGUUUUAUCUGCUACUUAAAAGAGGUACAAAAAAGGGAGGGAGGAACACCACAGACCAGCUGAUGAAAGUCAUGGUUAAAUUCGCCUUGAGACUAUACAUUGAAGAAAUAACACCAUUUGUAUCUUGUUAUUCAGUGUGCCCACCUUUGGUUAAAGCAAAGAAGAAAAGAAUGGGCAAGCCACCUUCAAAACACAGAGACACGAGACAUGAGGUGGAAGAAGUAGAAAUGUGGGAGCUGCCUAAACACUGUGUGCACAAAGGUUAGUAUACAGUGACAAGCUACAAAAAUGACUGUUACAAGCAUUUCUUUCUAUCUUGGGGACUGAUCUUUCUUGGUUUGAACUGCAGGGAUGUUGGAUAGUUUGUGAAAUAUGCAGAAUAGGUGGGGGGGAAGCUAAAUUUUGAGCACUUAAUCACCUUGCUAUGAAUGCAGCGUAGCUUUGACCAGGUUAGGUUCCUUCUUUGUUUAAUGUAAGGAUGGGGGAGGAAACCCACACCAAAACCUGCUGUUUUAGUCUAGUUUCUCUUCAAACUGCUGUACUGUCUCUUUAAAGUGCUGGGCCCUGUGUCACAUUGCAGUACAUGCUUUUAUUUAAGUUGCUCAUCUGCCUCAGCCCAAAUGAUUUGCAAUUUGAUACAACACAAAUGCAUAUAGAUAAUCCAUAAAGUUGGAGAUAAUACAUACAAUCUCCAUAAAGUUGGAGAUUUUAAGAAUUAGGAACUUCUGGCUAUUUUGGAGGAAGACAGGGAAAAACAGAGGAGGGAAAAAUCAAAAUGAACUUGAGUCAGCAGUAAAUAUGCUUUUGUGCAUUUGUGAGAGUCUGAAAAGGUUAUAAAUUGAAAAGGGUCAGUAGAUACAAGAAGCUAUCUGAAAGAUCAGUUUUCUUUCUUGAAAAGAAUAAGCUAGCAUAGAAAAAUGAACUGAAAUAUUCCACCAGGAAAUACAUGAGUAAAAGAUAGUCUCUCUCUUUCACAUAAUAAACAAAGGAUUAGACUUUCAUCUUGGAAACGUAAGGAAGCUUGGAAACAAACUUAGACAGAAGUAUCUUACUAGUGAAAAUCUGCAUCAGCCCUGAAGACAGAUUGUUUGAGCAUUGGUUUUAAACCUUUAAUUGCUGACCAGCUUUUAGUAAAAACAUCCAGGGAACUUGCGUAAUCCCAAAACAUUCCUUGUAUUUUCCCCAGAGAUAACUGAUGUUUCUUGGAUACAUUCAACAAUGUAGUUAUAAGAGCACACUGAGAAUGUGAUAUGAGCUUCAUAUGGAACUCUUAUCUGUUAUGCUGGGAUGUUCUGAAGUCCAAAACCACUCAUGCACAUUUUAUACUAGCUGGGAAGUAGAGUACAUAAUUCUAAUAUCAACCAUCAGUACCUGCAAUAGGAAAAGACAAUCACUAAUAUUUAGUCUUUUUUUAGAAGCAAACUGACAUAAUUUUGAGGUGGAAUAUAUACAUACCUUAACUUUUUUCUUUUUUUUUUUUUUUUCUUUUUUACCUUUAGGGCAUGGAACAAGGAAGUCUCUCUCUAAGAAAAGAUAAUUGCAAAUAUUGGGGCAGAAGUGGGGGAGGGGAGGAAUACCAAAGUUUUUUUGUAUAAAUCCAAGAUUUGAUUGUUAUUCUCUUGUAUAUUUUGUAAGUUGCUGUUCACUCUAAAAGGGCAAGAAGUGACACUGUGAAGACUGAGUACACACUUAAAAUGGAAUGAAGUAUUUAACACCAAAGUCACCUUUUAAAACUAGCACAUCCACUAUUUAAAUAAUAAAUUUCAUAGAAUUGCACUUUGAGACUUCUUGUGUUCUCUCUUUACACAGUAGCAAAAAAACUUGAGAUGGCCAUGUAUGUGCACAACUGCUAUUACAGCAUGACAGUUAUUGCUGCCCUGUCCUUAAACUCUGCAGGUCUGUGAAGACUGUCCACAUUAUCUAAUAGUCAUAUGAUCCGGACAUAAGUACAAGAUCCUUUUCUAUCAGCUGGAUUUGUUUUUGUCAAAAUGUAAAGGAGUUUAGUUAAAGCUGUAUGAAGUCAAGUGCUGUUUUAAACUUUCAAGGCAGUUCCUCAGAUCUUACUCUCAUGACUGAGGACUAAAACUAAAGUAUGGAGUUGAUGUGAUGCUUCCCUCUCCUUCCUGUUUUCUCUUGAGAUUUUUGAGUCCUUUAUGGAGACCCUGAGCUGGAGAUAUGAAUCUGAAAGGUAAAACAGAAGUUUUUAGUGGUGCGCCCUGUUUUCUGACUUCUUACUGAUGACUUCUAUGACUUACAGCUGAUACUGUCCCUGGAAGUCUCUUUACAGAAUUAAGACAAUAAAAUUAGGUCUGUGCUGAGCUGUCUUAGGAAUAAUGGUAACAGACUGAUCUAGAUGAGGUGGAUAGCUCAAAAAUAUGUAAUUUUUUCCCAUGUCUAUGAAGGCUAUUAUUACUGUGUGAGAAGAAUAAAUAUGAUAUUGCCAGUCUUGAAUGAUUUGCAAAUAAAGUGAUAAAGUGAAGAAAAUGGGGAAACAACAACAACAAAAAAACCCAACAAAACAAACAUCUGUUUUUCCUUAAAAAAGGGCGGGGUGAAUGGACAGACAGAACUUGUCUUUUGCUUCCUCUCCCAUGUUCUUAUUGUGUCUGUGCCCCAGAGUAAGCUAGAUGGAUAAAAGCAGCAUUUCCUGGGACUGUUCAGGUUUUGUGCCUACUAUUACUACUUUGACCUGUAACUGAAAUUAUGCUGUUUUCCCUCUUAGUGAGGAGUACUGAUGUUUCCCUACCCAACUGAUCCUAUCUCUCCACCUGAUUAAUUGUUAAAGCUCUGCUAUAACUACAGCCUUUACCACAUGUUGGUAGAGGGACAAAGUCAUUGUGAUGACAGGUUUUCAAUUCCUUUUUACUUCAAGCAAUGAAAGAAAAUAAAUGCCUGAAAAAUUCUUAUUUUGCUUCUGUGCUGCACAAAAUCUCUGCACCAGAACUUCAGAGAAUAAAAGGAGGAAUUCAAGCAUAGAGCUUUUUAACACCCAUUUCUGCUGAUAGCCUUAGCUGUAUCUUUUGUUGCUUUUCUUAUAAAGGAAUAUUCAUGACCUCACAAUCAGAUGGCAUUCUUACUUUUGGGAAUGCCAUCUUACACUUGACAGGUACUCCAAAUGAUAGUCUUGGUCAUCCUUUUACAGGUCUUGCACUACUUAGUGUGAUUUCUACUCAGAUGCAAGAAGUACUUUAGGGCCUGGUGAUACUCCUGAGAGGACUUGAGGGAGUAGCAGCUCUUUGUCUGAAAAGCUAUUUUAUUCCUGUCUGAAAUGCUAUUUUAAACUGGUUAUAGCUUGUGCUAUACCUGUGCUAUGCCCAAUACUUAAAGCAGUAUGCAUGAAUGCUCCAGUAUUCAAGAAGUAAUUCUUUGAUAAGAUUAUAUGCACUGCAUAUAAUCCUGUGACCUUAAAAUUAAAUCUUCUCCUUGGCUUUUUUUCCAUUCAGCAGCAUGGACAAUUUGUGGAUUGUAUCUUAACUGGCUCACAGCUGAAACUAAUGUUCCAGUGAGUCAAAAGGCCAUGCUUCACGAAGGCAGUGAAGUACAAACUGUGUGCAAAAGGCUGGGAGCUUGAGCCUAGGUUCUUGUUUAUUCAGCCAGGUAACGAGGUCUCAGUGCUAUUUAGUUUUGCAGAUGCACAUACGUGUCAGCUUUUGUUCCCGCUGCAGCCAGACUGACUGCCCAGUGACUCACUGCAGAGCUGGCAGUGCUGUGAAUCUGUAACUGUCGCAGUACUGCAUUGCCUUGGAAGUUUUCACAUGCUUCCUGCAGCAUCUCCUGAAAGGCAGCUGAAGAAUCUAUUUGCUGCUUGGCACACCAGCAACAAACCUUGGAGGCCUCUGGGAUUGCCAUACUGAGAGCAUUGUUUGGACAGACUUACUGUCUGUGGUUCAGGAUUUCUAAAUCAUUAUUUGUAGCUAACUGAAACCUCUGUUGCGAAGUGGGUGUGGUGUAAUGACUGACGUGGAGCUCUGGGUUCUGUUGGCUUGCAGUUUGGUAGCACCUGGAUGGCAUAAAUUUUUUUUCCCCUUUUACAAUGUCUAGUGUUCUGCCUUAUACUGGAAAAUAUUAACCACAGGUCUUUCUAAUAAAAUCAAACAAAAGCAGAACUGAGCCAAUGGCAAAAAAAAAAAAAACCAAAAAAAACUGAAAACCAAACCCCAAAAGCCUAUAACACUCAUGGCAUGCUAACUGAAGGCAUACCAAGGAAAAACAAAUUCAUUCUUUUUUGGAGUACUUAGCUUCCCCUGACUUGCUGCCACUGGCUGUCUCACUUGAAAAGACUAUAAACCCCACCUCAUUGAAUGGCCAAAGAAAUAAGGAAAAUAUCAAUAUUUUACCUGAAAUACCUUUCUUACCAAAGUGAUGCAGAGUAUUAAAAUAAAGGACCAGGGAAGCUGUAUUGCUUUUGAGGGUGGUUUUAGCUGCAUUUAACACUUAUUUGGUUUCAUGGGACUAUAUGUUAUUAUCACUUGAGCUUCAACAGAACAUUCAAAUGGAAAUACGUGUCUAUAAAGAAGACCAGAAGAAAAUGUUUUUCAAACAAAAACAUUAAAUGGUUAUGAUUCAAAAAAUAAGGCUAGUCUGUUUUUCAAGACUAUAACUUUCUAUCCUGCUUUCUGGGUUUACUUCAACAUCGAACUGCUUUUCAUUAAUCUAAAGGGGUGUUGGUAUUUAUCUCUAGUCUACAUAUUUUUAAAAGACUUAUCUUAAAUGACAGCUUUGGCACUGCUUAAAAUGCCAGACGAUGACGUGAAUCAUGCUUCUCAGCACUCUAGCCCUGGCUGUUAAAAGAGCUCCUGUAAAUCUUAGACUAUUGGAACUAUUAAAUUUUGAAAUGCUACUUUUAUGAGUUGCAGUAAAGACCUACAUGCGAUAUGACAGGGGCUUAUAAAACUGGAAAUGAUACAGGGAGAACAAACACGAAUCAGUUACUCACAUACCCUCUAGUGUAAGAUUAAAGGUGUGUGAAAUUAAACUAGUACGAAGCAGUGCAAAAGCCAAUUGCUACAGAUUAAUAAAUAAUGAUGAUGAAUUCAUUGCUAAGGAAAAUGGCAAAGUUUAUAAGCAGUGAGUGGAUAUAAAAGAAAAUAUCCAAGGCCACUAAACGCUAAAAUCUAACCCAUGAUUCUAAGUACCUGCACCAUAGGUACUCUCAGAAGAGGUAGAGGGUGAGAGAGUAUUUCAGUGAAGUAACAGAAAUAAUAGCAGAGUUUGCACUGCUCUGCUGUGGAGGUGUGUUCUAUAAACCCUGACUGCAAAGAUACUGAUAUAACAGACCUUUAGUCAGGCAUA